UGAUGACUUUUCUUUCUUUUCAAUAGCAGCUUCUCACAUUCGCCAAACUGUCAUCUGAAAAGAAGAAACAAAAUUGAAGAGGUCAUACAAACUUCACUGGUGAUAAUUACCUAGUUCAAAAAUCACCCAAUGCUUUUCAUUAUUUUGGUAUCUGUGCUUCCUUUUGCACGAAACCAUGACAUACUAGCUGGUAUAGUAAGGGAUACUUUUGAGUUCAACUUCGCGAACUUUAUCAAACACGAGCGCUCGUACCUCAAUGUAACAGCCCUAGUCAGUCACUUCGUGGAAGGAGAAGAAAAUUGUGUGAAAAAAUGCAAAGAUAACAAAGCGUGUUUAUCCAUCAACAUGGCGGCUCAGCCAAACGCUAAUGCUUUACACUGGUGUGGUCUUCUAUCCACCGAUAAAUACAACGAAUCGAUGAAGUUCAUCAGCAACAACGAGUCCUCGAUCCACUAUAGCAUACAGAGCCCGUGUGCAGGCGGGGCGUGUCUCCAUGGAGGGACGUGUUACCCAUCAUACGAAGACGGAGACUUCAGAUGCGCUUGCCCGCCGGUAUACGUCGGCAAAGCCUGCGAGAAAGCCUGCUCAGCGCCUCUUGGCAUGGAGGACGGGCGAAUUCCUGACAGCCUGCUGCAAGCAUCUUCGAUCUGGGCAAAUAGCAGUGAUUACUCCCCAGCUUACGGGAGACUGAAUAUGGUACAAGAUCCAAUUUCUUACCUUUACGCAGCCUGGUCCGCUUACUCAAAUCAAGUAGGGCAAUAUCUUCAGAUAGGUCUAGGGAAACCGAACAUAAUCACUCGUGUUGGGACGCAGGGUCGGGCGGAACCUUAUAGUCAGUGGAUCACGAGAUAUACGAUCCAGUACCUACCAGAGGGAAGUGAUGUGUGGACAAGCUACCUGGAGAACGGCGUCGUCAAGCAAUUCCAGGGUAACAGUGACGGUAGUACCGUCGUCAUUAACACUCUCGACCCAAACAUCAAGACGACAACCGUGAGAAUCGUAGCUCAGGCAUGGCAUAAUCACGUGUCACUCAGAGCAGAGCUCUACGGCUGCGCACCUCCUUAACAAGCAACUCAGUGGGGCGGAUCCAGAUUACCACCCCCUCCCCACCCCUCUCUCAUUCUGGCCGAGGUUUAAAAAAUUGCUUAGUAGCUAGGAAGAUCAGAGUUGCCGCACAGAGACAUCCCUUGGCCCGUUUCAGUUUUUUAGCUUUUAACCCAAAUAAAUUGUUAUUCCACUGGCUAUAGGAUAAUUUUACUCCGAAAUGACGUCUAAUGUCUUGUUGAAUAAAGCACGUAUCCCUACCUAAA